AUGAACCCUCUUGUUCCGUUUGAUCACACAUACAUUUUGUAUGAGGAGUCCAGUCUGUUCAGUCUGGCAAUUGCCAUUUGCUCACUGAUUCCAAUACUCAUCCUGGUGUUUCUGUUUUCGGUGUUCGUCGCUACAAGAGAGAUCGAGUGCUGUUUACUGGCUGGAGGCCAGGUGAUUAACGAUGCGAUCAGCAGUAUCAUCAAGAACCUUUUGAAACUCGACCGGCCCUCGCGUGGCCAGAUCUACAAGAAGGACGGCAAUCUGUUGUACGGCAUGCCGUCGUCUCACUCACAAUUCAUCGCAUUCUUCGUCACCUACAUGCUUCUGCGAAUAUUCCUGCAAUGGCCCAACCAAAUGUCGAUCUAUCAGAAAACUAUCAACGCUGGCAUCCUGAUCGCGUUCCAGGUGGCCAUCUGCUACUCGCGUCUUUACUUUGAAUACCACAACCUGUCCCAGAUCUGGAUAGGCACACUACUGGGCCAGCUGUUGGGAAGUCUGUGUUUCCUGGCUGUGGGACUACUCAGAGAUCUAAACGUGAUCAAUAGGGUGCUACAGCUGAAAAUAUGCAAACUGCUCUACAUAAAAGACUCGCUGCACUCGAAAACACCGCUCAAGACGUUUCAGCAAGAAUGGGAGGAAUGGAACAGCCAGUUCAGCUAG